GCUGAGGAUACUCAAUUGGAGAUGGAGAAAUUGUUAGCUUAUGUAAAAUUACAAGAAGAUGAGGUUAAUACACAGAAGAAUUUAGUUCUUGAGGAACAACAGAUGUUUCAGAAACUUGAAGAGGAAUUUAAAGAAGAAACAAAAAAACUAAAAGAAAAGAUCCAACACCUAGAAAACAAUUCUUGCGAGCUGCAGCAACUGCUCUGCCUGAAAGAAGAGGAGAGUCAGCAGAAUGUAGACAACACGAAGGAUGCAGAACAGCUGGAAAGUAUCUCUGAGUCCCAAAUGGAAGCCCCGCAGAGGGAGAAAGCCGAGCUGGUUCAGAAAGUUCAGAGCACUGAAGAAAACAUCAAAUAUAUCAGCCAAGAAAAAGAGCAUCUGAGAACAGAAAUGGAGGUUCUUCAAACCGAGAAGGAUAACAUGAUUCAAACUGUCCACCAUCUGAGUGUGACUAUAGCGAGGCUUGUUCCAGUGAAUUUGGAACUGCAGCAAGAACUGAAGGAGGCUAAUAAUUCUCUCAGAGAACAUAAGGAAAUGGUAGAAGAACUAAAAGAAAAAAUUGUAUCUACAGAUUUGUAUCUACAGACUUUGAAAAUUCAUGAGGAGCUGAAGAAAAAGGAUUCUGAAAUGAAUGUCAAACGAAAGACGCAAGACUGCUUUGAAAUCUUGGAGACAAAAAUAUUCCGAAUAAUGGAGGCUCUGAAGAAAUUUCCAGAGCUGGAAAAAAGAUCUGAAUAUUUCAUAAAAAUCUCUCUUCAGAUCAAGAAGCAGUUUGAUAGCAAGAAAGCUGUAAUAGCCCAGUGGCUUCCUGACAUUUCUCCCCAGGAAGCCAAUAACAUCAAAAGGCUUCAAACAGAAGAUGAGCGUAUAAGUAACAGCCUCUACAACUCGUUGAACAAACUUCAGUACUUGUUUAGCUGCUUGUGCGACAAAAGAAAGGAAUACUACACAAACGUCAGCAAGUACACAAGGGAGCUGCUUGAUGAGCGAAAAAAUCAACAUGCACAGCGAAUGCAAAUUCAGGAACUCGGAAAGCCUCACUUGAAACAGCAGGGACCUGGAUCGCAGCAGCCUGGUCUCUCUGAACUGAUGCAGAGCUUGGAUGGUCUCACUGAGCAAAUGUCAAAAGAAGUUUCUGAAAUGGAAGAAGAACUCGGUAGCACAGAGGUUACGUUACAAGAGUUGGAACAUAAGAACACUGAGGUGGAACAGUAUUUGGAACGGUGCUCAUAUGUUGAUUUCCAAGGCUUUGAGGCAACAACAAAGCAAAAUAUUGAAAAGUUUCAGUCCAUUAAUCAAUUUCUACGGCCCAAAGCUCAGCCCUAUUUUCAAGCUAGAUCUGCGCUGGAAGCCAUAAAUGCCAACUACUGCAGAGAGAUUGAUGCUACUCUGAAAGCAUGUAGAGAAGAAACAAAGGAACCGAUUCUACAGUUAGAUAUGUUAGAAAAAGAUCAAAAAUCCUGUGGUGUUGCUAAUACGUCACGAGAAGAAGAAAACCAUAAGCUAAGAUAUCAACUGGAAGCAACCGAACAAGAUACAAAGGCCACACUUUUUUUUAUAAAGAGCCCAGCAUUCAAAAUAUUGGAAUCAUUGUGA